AUGAGAGUGUUAGUAGCGGCAGCUGUUACCGUGAUCACGAUCACAUUAACGAAAUGCGUUCCCAGGGCAGAGAAGGUCCAGAAUAAAAUGAAGGAGGAGCUAACAUCUACUACUCCUAAUUCGAUGGAGGAACAAAUGGACAAAAUCAGCAACGAUCUGAUACCGAUUAUGGCUGAAUGUAACGAAACAUUCCGUAUUGAAAUGUAUUACUUGGAGAGUCUCAAUACAAGCGGGAGUUUCCCGGACGAAACGGAUCGUACGCCAAAGUGUUUCCUCCGCUGUAUGUUGGAGAAGUCUGAGGUAGCCUCCACUGACAGUCAGUUCGACGUGUCACGAACAGCUGAUGUCUUCAGACAGAUCAGGGUCCUGCCUCAUGAUGACCUGGUCAAGAUGGCGACCACAUGCUCUGACAGAUGUUAA